CCGGCAGUACAGCUGACGUAGUUUUUGGGGCAUUGUUCAAGAAGGUUAAACCGUGUAGUUUGCAGUGUGUACAGUUUUUUAAAAAUAGCGUUUUGGGGGCCGUAGUAUUUAGGGAUUAAUACCUCGGACAUAUAACAAUAAGUGUUUUUCGAACAACAGCAACGUUACUGGGGAUACAGAUAGUUAAAAAUAGACACACUAGUCGUAUAACAAAGCAUUUGGCCAGACUGCGCGCUAACAAGGCUAACAGUUCUUUAUACUUACAAAAGGCACACAAAGGAAAUGCGGUCGAUUAGUUUAAAAGCAUUAAAAAGAAGUGUCUAAAUGAUCGAGUGAAUCUACUAAAAAGGCUAGAAGUACAGGCAGCACAUUAAGCUGUGAUGUAGCUUGCAGUCAGUGGAGUGGUAUUUGUUAAAACAGGAACCUCAGAUUGAACCAGCGAUUCUGGAUUUGUCAGCCUAUUGGUAUCUGAUUUCGAAACAUCGUUUUGAGUACUUGACAGCUACUUUGCAACGGAUUCUACGUUAGCUAAUUUUAUGAGAAGAAUGAAGCUGACAUUAUGGCGAUAAUCGCGAAAAACGAGAUAUCCAGACACACGUAUUCUGAAACUAAAAUAAGGUAGCUAACUGGGAGCUAGCAAACAUUUAGCGAAUUGUUCCUUAGCGGAGCUAUCUUGUCACCCUGCUAGUGUCAGUUAGCUGUGAAGAGUAUAGUUGUCCUUCACCACUGUCACAAGCGUUUGUGUUAAGUUUAACGUGGGUUAUCUAACACGCUGGUUCCCUGUGUUUUAUGUUAUAAACAGUUAAGAUACGUGUUAGAAGUAGUAAGGCUGGCAGGCUAACUAGUUAGCUAAGCUGAAGCUAACGGUUUUAGCUCCCCAUUACAUAGUAACGACAGUUAUAGCUGCUGAGUUUGAGUGACAGGAAGAGAGACAUCAGUGGGGUUUUUUUCCACCCUCGACACAAAUAAUGGCAGCACCAACAAACGAGGCCUUGUUUUUGAUAAAGGAUGUGAAGCCUGGUUCGAAAAAUUUGAAUAUCGUGUUCAUCGUUUUGGAAAUAGGUCGAGUAACCAAAACGAAAGAUGGCCAUGAGGUGCGCUCAUGCAAGGUGGCAGACAAGAGCGGUAGCAUAGCUAUCUCCGUUUGGGAUGAACUCGGCAGCCUUAUUCAGCCAGGGGACAUCAUCAAGCUAACCAGAGGCUAUGCAUCUAUAUGGAAAGGCUGCCUGACCUUAUACACUGGAAGAGGAGGAGAUCUACAGAAGAUUGGAGAAUUCUGUAUGGUGUAUUCAGAAGUGCCCAACUUCAGUGAACCAAACCCAGAGCUGCUAGCCCAAGCAAACCAGCAAAACAAGUCUGGGAAGCCUGACCAGAAUCAGAGGGGGAACUCCCCACCCAAUCAGAAUUCAGGUACAUCUGCCCCACCAGGUAACGGUGCCAUGCCGCCAUAUGCCAACAAUAAUCAACCACCUGGUGCACCCCGUGACCCCACGUUUGGGAACGUCGGGCGGCCCAAUGGACGGUCGCCUGGCAACGGUGCCCCUUCGGUUACUGCUGCUGGAGCCCCACCAGCUACAAAGUCCUCAGUUACAAUUAGCAACGGCAGGGACCCACGACGUGCCAAAAGAUGAAAUUGGGGGUUAGAAGGUGCAGGGGAGGGUGGUAUGUGAGAAAUCUAUGGACGUCCCCAUUUACCCCCCUCUUACAGCUUUCCGACCUGUCUGCCCCGUCUUCAUCACAGCCUGUGUUGGCUAUAAAAAAAACAAACAAAACAAAACAACUGACUACUUGCAGAAUUUCUUUCUUUUUUAAUCCAGGCUAACAUGAUCAGAUGUGUCGUCUGUCAUCCGUAGUGCUCUCAUAAGCAGCACAGUGUGAUUAUGAUCUACCACUUUAUGCGUUUUCAGGGCUUCUUAGAUAGUCGCGACCUGGUGUGGCUGAGGUGUGGGUAGCUUCUCAGUCUGCACCCUUCUUCUUCAAGUUGCCAGUUCUGUGCCAGUGUUACCCCCAAAUCCCAAACAAACACCAACCUGAACCCUUGCCCUCUUCAUGUUCUUUAAAACUAUACACCCUACUUGAACACUUGAUGCACUUUCUUCUCUUAAUUUAUGUCGAGGCUUAGCUGUCAUUUAAUUCAGGAAAUCAGUUUCUGCUUUAUUUAGUUUUUUUAGAGGGAAAAAAAGGCCUUAAGUUGUGAAAAUAAGUAGUUGAACUGACUGCCCACGUGAAACUCUUCAAACCAAACUGUUUUCUGAAGUGACUGUGUGAAAGGAAAGGUGUUAGUUUCGAGUUUUAAUUAUUGGUAGGUAGACUGAUAGUGAACGGUUUCUUUUUUUUCUUUUCAAUAAGACAUGUUUUGUUGUUUUCUUUCUUUCUCUUUUUUUUUUUUCUUUGUUGGCCAUCAACUGUACCUUUAGGGACCACUUAAAUACUGGCAAAAACAGUUCACCAAAUAAAUUUUAGAGCAAUUUUCUGUCACAUUUGCUUUUCUGUAGUCUGUUUGAGAGCUUGAGUUACUGCUACUGUCGCUGAUAUAUUCUUACACUGCAGUUUAAAGCCUACAUGAGAAGUGUUCAGGGGCCUGAAAGCACAUCACCCCAAAAGACUCAUCGUCCUGUAAACAUGCUGCCACCUUUAUUAAAGCUCCACACUGCCACCAACUGCAAAACAAA